AUGAUCUCCCGUCGAAACCACGAUGAUUCGGGUCACCACUACGUGGACCCCUCGCUUCAGCUGAACAUUGGACUGUGGACACUCUUCGCUGGCGCAGCACUCUUUCUCGCUUUACGUAUAUGGAUCAAGAUUACUCGUCGCCACGGUCUCUGGUGGGAUGACCACAUCCUCCUCGUCUCAAUAGUCAUACUAGCUGUCAACAACGCCAUAAUAACCACCGAGUUCGCCACAGGCUAUGUGGCCGACAAAUGGGACGAUCGCAUGCACAUACUUAUAAACAUCACUUCCUGUGGAACCCUGAUCAACCAGUCGCUUACGAAAACUGCCUUCGCUGUCACUUUGCUCAAGUUGACAAAGAACUGGGCCCAAUGGAUACUAUGGUUCAUCAUCGGCAGUAUGAAUGCUUACAUGGUGGCCAAGGUUGUCCUACAAUGGGCGAAAAUCUGCGAGAAACCAUCCUACGACGUCUGGUACCGCCUUGACUUUUGCCUCAACUCGAAGUUCAGGGAAGACUUCAAAGAAGGUGGCAAUGUUUACAACAUCAUUAUGGACUUUGUGCUCGCUGUCUUCCCCUGGGCCAUCACGUGGAACCUCGAUAUGCGCAGAGUAGAAAAGAUUGGGCUUUGCGUGGCCAUGAGUCUGGGAAUGCUCGUUGCCAUCGUAUCCGCUGUACGUACAGGUUGGAAAGAUGAGGGAAAUGAAAAGGACGAGUGGUACUUUUGGCGUAACGCCCACUCCAACAUCUGGUAUUCCUCUGAAAUCGUCGGCACCAUUAUCGUUCAGUGUAUACCCGUCUUGAGACCUCUCUUGCGGGAUAUCAAGACGUCUCUCACAUCAAAGAAGCUGGCAUCCACUGCAGAAGGAACACAGCGACGCAGCCGAGUCCCAUCUCUCUUCGGUUUCGGUUUCGGUCCUGGGCCAACUAUCGGCACUAAAUCCACACACAAAGCGCACAUCUACUCCAAUGGGCGAACCACCGUUGAUACCAAGAGCGAGGAGUACUCCGACUCGUGGGAUACUCAGGGUAUCUACCAGAAGAGAGAAUUUGAAUUGACUACCAUGGAGGUCAAAGCGCAAAAGAACAAUGAAAUGGUGUAA